ACGCAGCUCGCGCGGACGGGCCUUCUCCCCUCCCUACCGCGGACACCUGGCGGAGCCCGGAGCCCGCGCGGAGAGCAUCCUCCAGCUCCCAUCUGCUCCCGCGGGAGGGUGGGGGCUCGGGCUAGAGCCGGAGUGUGGAUGGGCACAGACUCCCCCUCCCCCCGGCCCCUCAGGCCGGGGGUGACCUUGCCCCCUGGAGCCCUCACCAUGAAUACCAAGGACACCACCGAGGUUGCCGAGAACAGCCACCGCCUGAAGAUCUUUCUCCCUAAGAAGCUGCUGGAGUGUCUUCCUCGCUGUCCGCUGCUGCCUCCCGAGCGGCUUCGCUGGAAUACAAAUGAGGAGAUCGCAUCCUAUUUGAUCACCUUUGAGAAGCAUGACGAGUGGCUGUCCUGUGCCCCAAAGACAAGGCCUCGGAACGGCUCCAUCAUCCUGUACAAUCGCAAGAAGGUGAAGUACCGUAAGGACGGCUACCUGUGGAAGAAGCGGAGGGAUGGGAAGACCACACGCGAGGACCACAUGAAGCUGAAGGUCCAGGGCAUGGAGCCUGUCUCCUGGCAGUGUCUCUAUGGCUGCUACGUUCACUCUUCCAUCAUCCCCACGUUCCAUCGGCGCUGCUACUGGCUGCUGCAGAACCCUGACAUCGUGCUUGUGCACUACCUGAACGUCCCAGCCCUGGAGGACUGUGGGAAGGGCUGCAGCCCCAUCUUCUGUUCCAUCAGCAGCGACCGGCGAGAGUGGCUGAAGUGGUCCCGGGAGGAGCUGCUGGGGCAGCUGAAGCCCAUGUUUCAUGGCAUCAAGUGGAGCUGUGGGAAUGGUAUGGAGGAGUUCUCUGUGGAGCAGCUGGUGCAGCAGAUCCUGGACACGCACCCCACCAAGCCUGCACCGCGAACCCAUGCCUGCCUGUGCAGCGGGGGCCUCGGUUCCGGAAGUCUGACCCACAAAUGCAGCAGCACGAAACACCGCAUCAUUUCUCCGAAAGUGGAGCCCCGAGCGUUAACCCUGACCUCGGUCCCCCAUCCCCCUGAGCCCCCUCCGCUGAUAGCCCCUCUUCCUCCGGAGCUCCCCAAGGCACAUACUUCCCCUUCCUCUUCCUCCUCCUCCUCCUCUGGCUUUGCAGAACCCCUAGAGAUCAGACCUAGCCCUCCCACCUCUCAAGGGGGUUCAUCGAGAGGAGGCACCGCCAUCCUCCUCCUGACGGGACUGGAGCAGCGGACCGGGGGCUUGACGCCUGCCAGGCACUUGGCUCCCCAGGCGGAUCCUAGGCCUCCCAUGAGCUUGGCUGUGGUUGUAGGCUCGGAGGCCUCUGCCCCGCCGGCUCCUCCCAGCCCUGCCUUUGACCCGGAUCGUUUUCUCAACAGCCCCCAGAGGGGCCAGACAUACGGAGGUGGGCAGGGGGUAAGCCCAGACUUCCCAGAGGCAGAGGCCGCCCACACCCCCUGCCCUGCCCUAGAGCCCGCUGCUGCCCUGGAGCCCCAGGCAGCUGCUCGGGGUCCCCCUCCUCCGCCAGGAGCAGGUGGGAGAAGAGGAAACCGCUUUUUCAUUCAAGAUGAUGGCAGUGGGGAGGAGCUCAAGGCCCAGGGGGCCACCCCACCCGCACCUUCACCCCCUCCUUCACCCCCUCCUUCACCCGCCCCCCUGGAGCCGGCAGGCAGGGGAGGUAGAGGGGAGGCCUUGUUUGGAGGAGCUGCUGGGGCCAGCGAACUGGAGCCCUUCAGUCUUGCAUCAUUCCCAGACCUCAUGGGGGAGCUCAUCAGUGACGAGGCUUCAGGCACCCCUGCCCCAGCCGCCCAGCUCUCUCCUGCUCUUAACACCAUCACGGACUUCUCCCCAGAGUGGUCCUACCCGGAGGGUGGCGUCAAGGUGCUCAUCACAGGCCCCUGGACAGAGGCCGCCGAGCACUACUCCUGUGUCUUCGAUCACAUCGCUGUGCCGGCCUCGCUUGUCCAGCCCGGGGUCUUACGCUGCUACUGUCCUGCCCAUGAGGUGGGGCUGGUGUCUCUGCAGGUGGCAGGCCGGGAGGGGCCCCUUUCCACCUCUGUGCUCUUUGAGUAUCGAGCCCGCCGGUUCCUUUCACUGCCAAGUACUCAGCUUGACUGGUUGUCAUUGGACGACAACCAGUUCCGAAUGUCCAUUCUGGAGCGGCUGGAGCAGAUGGAGAAGCGGAUGGCGGACAUGGCAGCAGCUGGGCAGGCUCCCUGCCGCGGUCCUGACGUGCCUCCGAUCCAGGAUGAAGGCCAGGGGCCUGGCUUUGAGGCUCGGGUGGUUGUCCUGGUAGAGAGCAUGAUCCCACGGUCCACCCAGAGGGGCCCUGAGCGCCUGGCCCACGGGAACCCCUUCCGAGGCAUGAGCCUCCUACACCUGGCCGCUGCCCAGGGCUACGCACGCCUCAUCGAGACACUGAGCCAGUGGCGGAGCGUGGGGACAGGGAGUUUGGACUUGGAGCAAGAGGCUGACCCGCUCAAUGUGGACCACUUCUCCUGCACCCCGCUGAUGUGGGCCUGUGCCCUGGGCCACCUGGAAGCCGCAGUGCUCCUCUUCCGCUGGAACCGGCAGGCGCUGAGCAUUCCCGACUCCCUGGGCCGGCUGCCCCUGUCCGUGGCACACUCCCGGGGUCAUGUGCGCCUUGCCCGCUGCCUCGAGGAACUGCAGAGACAGGAAGCUUCAGCGGAGCCCCCACUCGCCCUGUCACCACCCUCCUCCAGUCCUGACACUGGGCUGAGCAGCGUCUCCUCGCCCUCGGAGCUGUCAGAGGGCACCUUCUCCGUCACAUCUGCCUACUCCAGCGCCCCAGAUGGUAGUCCUCUGCCGGCCUCCGAGACUGUCCCUGGCCAGCUCUCUGCCGGUGGCCCCGAGGUCCCCCUGUUCCUCAUGGACUGUGAAAUCAACCCCCACGGGCCAGCCCCCUCCCCGCCUCCUCUUCCAGCAGCCCCAGAAGUUGGGGCUGCCCCUGAGGAAGCAGACGGCCCGCCGGCCGUGGAUGUGAUCCCGGUGGACAUGAUCUCACUGGCCAAGCAGAUCAUCGAAGCCACGCCAGAGCGGAUAAAGCGAGAGGACUUCGUGGGGCUGCCUGAGGCCGGAGUGCCCACGAGGGAGCGGACAGGAGCCCUGGGGCUCAGUGAGACCAUGUCCUGGCUGGCCAGCUACCUGGAGAACGUGGACCAUUUCCCCAGCUCAGGCCCCCCCAGCGAACUGCCCUUUGAGCGUGGGCGCCCGGCUGUCCCCCCAGCCCCCUCCUGGGCAGAGUUCCUGUCUGCCUCGGCCAGCGGCAAGAUGGAGAGUGAUUUUGCCCUGCUGACGCUGUCGGAUCACGAGCAGCGGGAACUGUACGAGGCCGCACGCGUCAUCCAGACGGCCUUCCGAAAGUACAAGGGCCGGAGGCUAAAGGAGCAGCAGGAGGUGGCGGCGGCUGUGAUCCAGCGCUGCUACCGGAAGUACAAGCAGCUGACCUGGAUUGCGCUUAAGUUUGCGCUCUAUAAGAAGAUGACCCAGGCGGCCAUCUUGAUCCAGAGCAAGUUCCGAAGCUACUACGAACAGAAGCGCUUCCAGCAGAGCCGCCGGGCGGCUGUGCUCAUCCAGCAGCAUUACCGCUCCUACCGCCGUCGGCCCGGGCCUCCCCACCGGCCCACGGGCAGCCUGCCAGCCCGCAGCAAAGGCUCCUUCCUCACCAAGAAGCAGGACCAGGCAGCCCGAAAGAUCAUGAGAUUCCUGCGGCGCUGCCGACACAGGAUGAGGGAACUGAAGCAGAACCAGGAGCUGGAAGGGGUCCCCCAGCCCGGACUGGCCACCUGACUGCGCCCUGCCUUCCCCAGCGCUCUGGGGGCCGCUUCUGGCAGUCUCAACAGGGAGAGGCCACUCCCGGGGAGGGGA